GCCUGGCAGCUUCCACCGCGGCAGACAAUCGUAAAGCUGCUGGGGAGCCAACGGAGCUGCUGCUGCUGCCGCCGCCGCCCGGUGUCUGGGAGAGUGUGUGACCGGGCUAUGAUGGUGACUCCUCCAGCAACAGAGUGGGACCUCCAGUGAUCUCCUCCUCCGGGCUUCCAGCAGCAGCGUCUCUGCUCUCCCUGUACUUGUACUGACUGCUGAGGGGCUGAGGCGCCUUUCCCCCUCGCCCCCUGCUGCUGAGGCUGUCUCCCCCCGCCUCUACAUUUGGGGAGGGAGGAUCAGGAUGACUGGAGUCUUUGACAGUCUAGUCUCAGAUAUGCAUUCAAACCAGAUUACCUCCAACAGUUACCACCAGCAUCACCAGCACAGCAGCCUGCACAAGUCCCAGGAGUCCCCCACCUUACCCGUGUCCACAGCCACCGACAGCAGCUACUACACCAACCAACAGCAGCAGCACGGAACAGGCGGAGGAGGAGGCGGGUCGCCCUAUGCACAGAUGGGCUCUUACCAGUAUCAUGCCAGCGGCAUCAAUACGGUUCCCUACUCCGCCAAAGCCGGCUACGACCUGGGUUACACUGCCACUUACAGCUCGUAUGGACCCUACGGAACCAGGGCUUCCCCGGCUAACAAUGAGUCUGCAGAGAAGGAAGAAUGCGAGCCCGAGGUCAGGAUAGUAAACGGGAAGCCAAAGAAAGUGCGGAAACCCAGGACGAUCUAUUCCAGCUUCCAGCUGGCCGCUCUACAGAGGCGUUUCCAGAAGACCCAGUACCUGGCACUGCCCGAGCGAGCUGAACUGGCGGCAUCCCUAGGCCUCACCCAGACCCAGGUGAAGAUUUGGUUCCAGAACCGCCGGUCCAAGUUCAAGAAGAUGUGGAAAAGCGGCGAAAUCCCCUCGGAGCAGCAUCCUGGAGGCAGCGCCUCUCCCCCCUGCGCUUCGCCCCCGACCUCGGCCCCUACCUGGGACUUUGCUCCACAUCAGCGCAUGAGCAGCGGAGGAAGCUCCGGAUCCAGCCCCAGCGGCGGAGCGGCCGCUUUCCUCGGUAACUACUCCUGGUAUCAUCAGGCGGCUAACUCCGCUUCUCACCUGCAAGCCGCCUCUCCUAUCCUGCAGCAAGCGCAGCCCCAUCACCAUCACCACAGCGCGGCCAUCAGUGCAGGGACGAUUUUCUAACUCGGCAGAGACUGAGCAAACAAGUCCCGCUGAGCAGAGAUCCAGGGGGAUCAAAUCCAACACACACCCGAGCGGACUGAGGUACAGACACUGGUGCUUUGAUGAAGAAUUUCUUCGGCAUUCAACGCCUCCUUCUCCCUCUGGCACAUUAAACAGGCGAAUAACUCUUCGCUGCAGACUUUGCUUUGUUCUGACCCGGGUUUGGUUACCUCUGUCUGUCUCUCACCCAGUGUCUCUCUCUGUUCCAACUCGCAGACUAGUUCCUCGCUGAGGUUUAUUUUUCCCUUCCCGCUAGUUCGCAGCAAAUAGAAAAUAAAAUCCCCCCUUCCCUCCUCUCCUAUUUUUCAUCAAAUCACCAGUGGAUAACUUUUGUUAAUUUUAUUUUUUAAAAGUUUAUAGGUGCCUUUGCGGAUGACCUCAUUUUGAUGUUGAAAAAGAUAAAUAAUUUUUAUAUGUAGAUUAAAAAAAAAACCUCCCGAGUUUAAAUUAUCUUUUUUAAAUGGGUGCAAGACUAUCGUUCCCGAGGAAAUGUUUGUAAAUAAAGCUGUCUGUGCAGAUUUUUUCCUGUUUCCUUUGUAUAAAAAACCCCCCUUGGAUCAGCCUGUAUUUCAUUUUUGGUUUUGUGACCAAAGUGUGGAAACUCCCAGCUCUCUGUGUAGGCGCCACACAUUCCUGAUUAUUUUCACUGUUUGAUACGUUUUCUCUUUGCUGUCAAAAUAAGCUACUGAUUUCCCCCUCACAGUCGUUGUUUUAACCUUAAAACAAACAAAAAAAGUACUGUUGGUUAUUUAUUAUGGACACAAAAUACUCUUAAUGUUGCUUUUACAAUAAGAGAUUAUUUAAAUAAAUUAUUGUUUUCACUGUA